AUUAGUGAGUGAGCGAGAUAUAUUUUUAUGUCACACCAAUCAGAUUGGGGCUACUAUGAACAACCAAUCAAAUUACCGCUUUUAAAGGUGAACCAUGAGUGUGAAGAUUUCAUCCCGAUUUUAGAACGGCCAUCUUUGGUUUUCUACAAACAGGGACAGGUUUUCUUGUAUUGGCCUUAUUCCGACAUUUCCGAUGCUUUGUUUAUUGUGGUAACAUCAGGACUUUGUGGGUGGUUUUCAACUGAGAGUUCAAUAUUCGAUAAUCAGCCGAGGAAUCAAAGUCUUUGGCAUACACUGACGUGUGAUAAUGGCUUUGCUUUUAGUCGCAUUCCAUUCGAAUGGCACGAGUCGGUCGACUGCAGAAUGAACGCAGUAUUGGGAUGGUGAGCGGGUCUUCUAGAAAGGUUCUCCCUAUUUCGCUUUUCAAGAAUUAUUGGAAUGUUCGCGGAAAAUACUCUCUAGCCUCGCACGUUUAUUUUCAGCUUAUGAAGCGGUGCACCCAAUCAUCAAUGCCUGGUUGUAAUAGCUAAUUAACCUGCGUCUGGUCAGACGCGUAGAGGGAUACCAUCUACUGAAAAUCAAACCCACGGAGUCGCACUUAGAGUACCUUGGUUCCAUUUAUGAUGUAGUAAAUACUACUGAUUGCUAAAGUUGCAAGCAGAAGUCGAAGAAUAAACCAAUCACAACGUUCGAUACCAGACAUCGUGAUCAGCUGGUUCUUCCUCUUCUGCUUCAGAUUCCAAUGAGGCACAAUCUAGUUUGAAUCUAGUAUACACUAAAUCAUAACCGACGGAUCCGUACCGUAAGCGGAAUCGGAAGGAAAUGGAAACAUUCUGCUGAUUCUUCCGACUCCGUAAAACUUAUGACUCCGCUUACGACUGCGAUUUUAGGACUUUCGCUACAGUGCGCGGUGGUCCUAGACCCGGGGAGACUCCCAUAUAAAAGGACGGGGGUGCUCGUCGGUAAUUUUGAACAGAACCCCUAAGAGGUACCAAGAUCCUAUUUUUGGGUGUGGCUUGAAAAAUGUUUCACCCCUAAGACCUACCAAUUCUAAACAACACAUUAUCUCCAGUCAUAUCUUUUUCGGCCAAUACCCUAUAAGUUACCCCGGGAACAGUUACCGCUAAAGCUCCCGCUGUGGACCUGUAUUGAGACCUUGAUAAUCUCUUAAUUGAGACUGAACACCAUAAGAGGUAGCAAAAUCGCUUUUUUAACCCCUAAAAGGUACGACGAGCACCCCCAUCCUUUUUAUAUGGGAUUCCCCCCUCCCCCGGGGGUCCUAGGUCAUAAGCGGAUCAGUGCGAUUAGCCCGCGAGCAGGUUCACGUUUGAAUCACACGCGCGAGAGAAGCGAUCCGGCGGGUUGGAGUAUGGUGAAGAGGCGCCAAGAAAUUAGAAAGUACAGUCCGAUGCGACUGACUGUUUUUUGACUCCGUUGCGACGCAUGGCAACUAAUGACCGCAUGCAAUACCCAUGACAGUACCUGACAGAUCUAUAGUUAGACAGAUUAUGGGGAAGUCCUUAGGGAAGUCUUGGAGAGGUCAAAGAAGUAAUUCCUGGCAACAGAGGUCUCGGUCAUUUCGUCGACCGAGAAACGACAGAGUCGAGAGAGACUGGUAAAGAUUACGCAAUUCAAUAUGGCGUCCAUGAACAGAGUUUUGGCUUCGCAGCCUUCAAGAUCUUUCUUUGCGUUUAACAAAACGCUUUGUUUCAACGUCUCGUCGUGCAGUUGUGUUUCACUGAGGAGCCGAAGGUUUGCAAGUUCCCUGUCCGCCGAGAAGAAAUCUUUGAUAGCAGAGGGACCUAGUCUUGGCGAGUUUAUAUCAGGAGAAUUCAAUCCUCAAGAGAAUCCUUAUAAAAGAAAAAAGGGGCAAAGAUUGCGAUUACCACCAUGGCUAAGAACACAGAUUCCUAUUGGUAAAAAUUACCUCAAACUAAAAGAAACACUCAGGGAAUUGAACCUGUCCACAGUUUGUGAAGAAGCCAAGUGCCCCAAUAUUAGUGAAUGCUGGGGUGGAGGGGAACAUGAAACAGCAACAGCAACCAUCAUGGUGUGUACUGAUAACAAAACAGCAAAUAAAUGAGUUAAGGGAAGUUAAUGUAUGUACAUAGUUUAUAAACAUGUACAUGUACAC